AUGUGAGCAAGUGCGCCUUCAGGUUCUGCGUCUGCGCCCGGGCUCUGGAGGUGGGGGAGCGAGGCGUGCGGCUGGGCACCAUAAGGAUAGUCCUGCACAACAGCCCCGAGUACCAGGUCCUGGCAUCCCCCCAGCACGUCUUCCUGGUGCCUGCAGCUGCCGGCUUUGCCACCACUUCCAAAUUCCUCCUCAUCUGGCAUCCGGAGAAGGCAAAGCUCACCAUCACAGCCCCCUCUGCAGGCUUCGUCCGUAGCAAGGUGCUGCACUCCAGCAGUGAGUCAGACUUCAGGAAGCUCCUGCUUGGCUCUGUGGGUCUUCUCUCAGGUUUGGCACCUCUGGACAUUCACACCUCCGCGGUGUCCAAUGGUGGAGGUCUGCUGCUGGUGAGUACGAAGGGUACUGUGAACACGGUGGAGCCGGAUGGGACACAGAGGCAUAUCUUUGACCUGGAGGGGGGCCCCCUGGCCCAAGGAACUCCUGUCCAGCUGAAGACCUUUGGCAGCAUCCUGGCCUGUGUGGUGGCUGGGGUCCUGUACCUCGUCGACCAGAACAGCGGAAGGCUCGUAGAAAAGAAAAUCCUAAACAUGAAAGAGGUGCAUUUCCUGGAGUCCCCGGGAGAGGAGGAUAGCAUCCAGCUCCUCACUCAAACUGGAAUCUACAGCUUUAGCUUUUCCAGACCUGAGGACAGCAGCAGGCCUGAGCCGUGCCUGGUGGAGAUGGUGUUCGAGGAGGCCUGCAGAUACUACCAGAGGAGGAGCCUCAGCAGCUCCAAGCUGACGGUGGAGAAGUUGCAGAAAGGUGGUGUGUUCCAGGCUCCCGUGGCCCUCGCUGCCAUCUUGCAGCACAGCCUCUGCCAGAAGAAGCCGCCAGCCCGAGGCCUCCAAGACACUUAUGCCAAGCUGUUGAGCACCAUGAGCCUGGAGCUGCAGAGCUACAUGAGCCUGGAGCUCCUCAAGAACUGCAUAGUGUGUGCCCCAGAGAGUGAGGUAGAAAGCUACUGCGAGGAACUGGUGGAGCAGGAGGUCAGCCGCGUUCUGCACUCCGAUGUGGACAAGGACAACUUGGCCUACCUGAACUCUGUCUUUGCCUCCUUCCCCAAGGCUGCCUGGAAGGCCACGAGGAGCUGCCUGCAGCUGCAGCAGAACGGGGACGGCCUCUUGGUAGCCAGGGCCACCCCAGAGGUGUGGAAGAAGGUCUUGGGAGGGCCGCAGCUGGAGGAGGUGGGUCAGAACGGGGUGGUCCCGCUCUUUGAGCUCAUCUGCACCUCUUUCCUGAAGUUCAAACCCAAGUGGCUGCCCAGUUUUGUGGAGCUGACCCAGCAGUACGUUAGCAUCUCUUGGGCAUACAGCAGCAAGGAGGGCCCAGAGGGCCGGGUGCCGCUGUACAAGAGAGCGCUGGGAGUACUGGCCAGGAAGAACAAGCGCAGCGAGGCAGAUGAUGAGAUGGAGCUCGAGCUGCUGCUCUGCAGCAAGAGGCCUAAAGCUGUGCUGCAAGCUCUGCACCUUCUCAUCCGCCUGAAGCGGUGGCAGCGGGUGGUGGAGGUGGCAGAGAAGUUCUCCAAGCUCAGCCCCUUGCUCAACAAGGAGAUAUUCACCACGCUGCUGGCAGAGUUUGCCCAGCACCGGGAGCUGGACCCUUACGUGGACACGCUGUGGCCGCUGUGCCCCGCCGAGCUCACCGCCUCGGACAUCCUCACCGUGGUCCUGCAGCACCUCCCGAGCUCCCAGGAGGAGCCGGUGCCCUUCUCUGGCGAGGGGACCCAGCUGACUGUCGGCUUGCUCAAGCCGCUGCUGCAGAGGGUUGUGCAGCGUCCCUGCAUCCAGGACGAGAUGUACUCGGAUGCCUUGCAGAGCCCCACCUUCCCCCCUCCCACCCCACCCCGAGAGCACAGAACCCCCUCAAAAGCAGCGGUCGACAGUGCCCCUCAGCCACCCGCGGCAAGGACUUCCUCCCCCUCGGUGCCGGCACAGGGUGACACCGCGUGA